UGUGCGCUUUAGACGCCAGUUUGCAAAAUGACCUAUAACAGACGCGUGAAGCGCCAAAUAGGAGCCGUCCCGGGGCGUGGAGUUAUUCAAGGCUCUUACGUGUAUAUAGAUUUGUACAUGGGCCCAGAGUUCAGCCCAGCCAGGCACCCAGCCCACUCCCGGAAUGCCCUUCCAAUCCCCGAGCAGCACACGAGCGCACUGCCCUAGCACGCACGCACCCACACGAUCAGACGCAGCCGCCGCGCUGCCUUCCCGCGCGGACGCCCUCCGCCAUUGCCGCGCUCACUCCUGGCCGUGCUCCCGGCCGGCCUCCCCCCAUCCCCCGCGCUUCCGUCCCGCGCUGGCGCUGCCAUCUCGUGCUGCCGCCAGUCCGCCGUCGUCCGCCGAGGCCGAGCUCCCGGCCUCCACCGUCCUGCGGGCGAGCGGCGAGCUCAACCUCAACUGCGCCCCGAGCGUCGUCCGCUCCGGGACGAGGCCUCCGUGCUCCUGCGGUUCUACCGGCUGCUGGUGAGGUGAUGUAGGUGUUGUGUAGAGACGGUGGUAGAGGAGUCGUAAGGAGAUUGUCAGAGCUGAAUCGGUAGGUCAUCCGCAUCAGCUUAUUCUGUGUGUUGUCCUCGAUAUAGUCGGCGGCUGCGCCACGUAUUGUUUUUAAAUUUUUAUUUUGUUAAAUUCGGAGGUAGAAGAUUAUUUGUACACUUCAGUUUUCGGACCUCCUAGUUUUCAAUUUGCAGAUACUAAGUAAACCAAAGGCACACAUUCAUGGUUCUUACUUUUUUAAAUUCUGAUUAUGCAAAUGCACAGACUACAUAUUGUUUUAGUGCUAGAUCAAAUUUUCAAACAUAGCCAUGUGUGUCUGCGGAAAUA